CAAAAAUGCAUAAAACAUCAUAUACAAUCAUCAGAAAAGUGGUUGUGAAUGUAGCUAGUUGGGAGAUGGGACGACUGGUAUAAUAAUAACCGACUCACCUUGUUGGAAGAUGCUGUAGGCUAAUUUUAUUUUUGGAGGAUGCUUAAACUGUGCACAUUGGAUUAAUAUAAAAUGUGAAUGUUUCGACAUACGGAACCGUUUUAGGAACUUUGGCGAACGGAUAUUUUUUUUGUGUGGAAACAAUCUAACUACGGUAUUCCAGUGAAGGAUUAUGGGUAGUUUUAAGGGCCAUGCAUUGCCGGGUAGUUUCUUCCUGAUCGCGGGUCUGUGGUGGGCAGGAAAGUCCUCUCUAUGGUAUGCCACCCUCAGGAACAAGAGUCUGGGCUCCACCUCCACCCGUCUGGCCAGCCGAUCCACACAGCGCCGCCUGGAAGUCAUUGAGGGAUCAGUCACCCUCUUCUUCUCCGUGGUUGGGAUGCUGGCGGAGCAGUUUGUAGCAGACGGACCACGGCUGCACCUCUAUGACUACAGCGAGCAUCACUGGGACAGACUCCAUAACUGGCAGCACUCCACCAUGUACCUCUUCUUUGGCUUGGCUGGAGCCAUGUCUCUGAUUGUACACACCACCGACGCUGCUCCACUGGCCCUCGACAGACUAAUGCUGGCCAUCGCCUUCUUCAUAGAAGGGUUCCUUUUCCUGUACCACCUCCACGGCAGAGCCAUGCUAGAUGUCCAUGUUCACCAGCUGCUGCUGUUCUGUGUGUUUGGAGAGGCCAUGGUGUCCUUUCUGGAGGUGUUCCACAGAGGAAACAUGCUGCUGGAGCUUCUGAGAGCAUCACUCACCAUCCUGCAGGGGAGCUGGUUCUGGCAGAUUGGGUUUGUCCUGUAUUCCCCCAGCGGUGCAGAGUGGGACCAAAAGGACCAUAACAACAUGAUGUUUAUCACUAUGUGUUACUGCUGGCACCUGGUCUUCAGCCUGCUUAUUGUGUCAGUGCUGUACUGCACCAUCAUCUGUGUGGUACGAUCCAGAUUGAAGAGAACCCCCCCAAUGGAGAUGGGACUGCUGAAACCCAGAGAGAGACAGCAGGAGUCAGAGGACGAGAUCCUAUAAGGACAACAACAACUUCCUGUUUAGCAGUCAAUCAAUCAAUCAAAUGUAUUUAUAAAGCCCUUUUUACAUCAGCAGAUGUCACAAAGUGCUAUACAGAAACCCAGCCUAAAACCCCAAACAGCAAGCAAUACAGAUGUAGAAGCACGGUGGUAAGGAAAAACUGGUGCAACAGGUCAGCACCUCAGGAAUAAAUGUCAGUUGGAUUUUCAUAGCCGAUCAUUCAGAGUUAAGUGACAGCAGGUGCAGCAGAGAGAGUCGAAACAGCAGGUCUGGGACAGGUAGCACAUCCAGUGAACAGGUCAGGGUCCCAUUGCCACAGGCAGAACAGUUGAAACUGGAGCAGCAGCACGACCAGGUGGACUGGGGACAGCAAGGAGUCAUCAGGCCAGGUAGUCCUGAGGCAUGGUCCUAGGGCUCAGGUCCUCCGAGAGAAGAGAGAAUUAGAGGGAGCAUACAGACACCAGAUAAGACAGAAGUACUCCAGAUAUAAGACUGACCCUAACCCCUCGACACAAACUAUUUCAGCAUAAAUACUGGAGGCUGAGACAGGAGCCUCCAGUAUUUAUGAAAUUGAAAUUUGUCAGUUAGCUUACUAGCUAGUUUCAACUGUUUUACUGGUAGUAACCAUAGCAACAUGGCUACUGAGGCAACCCACCCAAUCUUUACGUCACCUAUUAACGUCCCAUGCUGACCCUAGACCAAUUGGUUAUCUGAUCAGGGUUUGACUUCAGGAAGCCCAUCAACCCAGUUCUGCAAGGCCCAGUCUCUCCCUAUCCACAGCAGUAGCUAUAGGACAGUUUCUCUCCUUACUUUAUAAGAUGUCAUCACUCAACCUCUGCCCAAUAUCCGCAUGAAGACAUUAUUACCAUCUUUAUCUUGUACACUGCUGCUACUCACUGUUUAUUUGUUACCUGUGCAGAGUCACUUCGCCCACACCGACAGGUACAGAUUACCUCAACUAGCCUGUACCCCCACACACUGACUCGGUACCUGUGCCCCCUGUAUAUAGCCUCGUUAUUCUUAUUGUGUUACUUUUUAUUUUAGCCUACUUGGUAAAUAUUUUCUUCUUCUUGAACUGCACUGUUGUCAGUCAGCAUUUCACGGUAAAGUCUACACUUGUUGUAUUCGGCACAUGUGGCAAAUAAAGUUUGAUUUGAUGUA